AUGGAAAGGAACUUGAAGGUGAUUGGAGCACGACACUAUGUUCAGAAUUCCGCGAGAGAUAAAGAACCUCACGGGUCACACACGGCUUCAACAGCCGCAGGAAACAAAGUAAAAGGAGUGAGUGUGAACGGUGUGGUAAAAGGAACCGCAAGAGGUGCUGUACCUUUAGGUAGAAUUGCUAUUUACAGAGUUUGCGAGCCAGCAGGUUGUAAUGCCGACGGAAUGUUGGCUGCGUUUGAUGAUGCUAUAGCCGAUGGAGUCGAUGUUAUAACCAUUUCUAUUGGUGGAGGUGUUACUAAAGUUGACAUUGACCCUAUCGCUAUUGGAUCGUUUCACGCAAUGCUGAAAGGGAUUGUUACUACUGCUGCUGUUGGAAACGACGGCUCUAAACCUGGAAAAGCAUCUAACCUUGCACCGUGGAUCAUAUCCGUGGCAGCAGGUUCAACUGAUAGAAAGUUUGUUACUAAUGUGGUUAAUGGAGAAGGCAAAACCAUACCGGGAAGAUCGAUCAAUGACUUUGACUUAAAAGGAAAGAAGUAUCCUUUGGCUUAUGGAAAAACUGCUUCAAGUAACUGUACAGAGGAGCUAGCAAGGGGCUGCGCUAGCGGUUGCCUAAACACGGUGAAGGGAAAGAUUGUUGUGUGCGAUGUUCCAAAUAAUGUUAUGGAACAGAAAGCAGGGGGUGCGGUUGGAACUAUUCUUCAUGUAACCGAUGUUGAUACUCCCGGUCUUGGUCCUAUUGCGGUUGCAACCUUAGAUGAUUCCAAUUAUGAAGCAUUCAGAUCUUACGUUCUCUCCUCACCAAACCCACAAGGAACUAUAUUGAAGAGUGGGACAGUUAAAGACAAUGAUGCUCCGAUCGUUGCUAGUUUCUCUUCUCGUGGUCCAAACACUCUCUUUAGCGACAUUUUGAAGCCGGAUAUUACAGCUCCAGGAGUGAAUAUAUUAGCGGCAUAUACACCAUUGGCUCAAACCGCGCUUCCUGGACAAAGUGUCGAUUACUAUUUCAUGACUGGAACAUCUAUGGCUUGUCCUCAUGUCGCAGGUGUAGCUGCUUAUGUCAAGACACUACGUCCUGAUUGGUCCGCUUCUGCCGUCAAAUCUGCUAUCAUGACUACCGCUUGGGCAAUGAACGUUUCGAAAAAUGCAGAUGCUGAGUUUGCGUAUGGAUCAGGAUAUGUUAACCCUUCAGUAGCAGUUGAGCCAGGACUUGUUUACGAAAUCGCUAAAGAGGAUUACUUGAACAUGCUUUGCUCUUUGGACUACUCAUCCAAAGGCAUUAGUACUCUCGCGGGUGGUUCCUUUACUUGUUCUGAACAAUCUAAGCUUACUAUGAGAAACCUCAACUACCCAGCAAUGACAGCCAAAGUUUCAGGCUCAUCAUCUUCAGAUAUCACUUUUUCAAGAACCGUCACAAACGUUGGGGAAAAGGGAUCCACUUACAAGCAAUUGUCUGGGAAUCCAAAACUCAGCAUCAAGGUUGAGCCAGAGACUCUCUAUUUCAAGUCACCGGGGGAGAAGAAGUCUUUCACUGUUACAGUCUCUGGCAAGAGUCUUGCUGGUAUUUCUAGUAUUGUGUCGGCGUCUCUUGUUUGGUCGGAUGGAUUACGCAAUGUGAGAAGUCCUAUUGUUGUGUAUACUUAGGCAUCAACUCCAAACUCAAGACAAUAAAAGUAUUUGAUGUUAUUGUAUGUGAUAUACUAGUAUGUUCUUGAUAUUAAAAUUCAGUUUCUUUAAAUAAGAAGUGGUUCUGUUUGUCUUCA